AUGGCUUAUUCCGAUGGUUACGUCGUUCAACUUCUUAUGAAUAUACCUAUUUACCUUCAUCAAUAUGUAGCUCCUAUCUUAUCGUGGAGAAAAAAUGUUUGUGUUCUCUAUUUUCUUGUUUGUCUCCUUUCAAAUUCCAUUUUUAUCAAUGCAUCUUUAUUGGGAACGAUCUUUACUACUGGAUUUCAAAUCGAUUUGACAGAUUCGAAUGAAUUUCUAUGUAAAUUUUUUUAUUACAUUACUUUUCUUACAUCUAUCUACUAUCCGGUAACACUUAUUCUUGCUUCAAUUGAUCGUCUCUUGGUUUCAUCACAAAAUGUUAGCGUACGCUUGUAUAGUUCUAAACGUUUAGCUUAUCUUAAUAUUAGUAUCAAUACGGCUCUAUGUAUUGUGUUUUCUUUACAUCUAUUCAUCAAAGUUCAUAUUCAACGAAUACGUCCAACAGUAUACAAAUGUUAUUACGAUCAAUCUUCUUCAUAUCUGAAUUUUUUCAUUUAUUCAACAUUAUUAAUCAGUGUUCUUCUACCGCUGAUUAUGAUUCUCUUAUCAGUUCUUGCUUUUAAGAACGUUCGCCGCAUUCAAGCAAUUGCUCGUCAGCGGCGUCAGGGCAUCCGAUCUAUGAAUAAGAAAGAUUUUCAACUGCUCCGAUGUCUUUAUGUUCAUAAUAUUAUCUAUAUUAUUUGCAGUGCAUUAAUUGUCAUUGCCAUCGGCUAUGGCUUAAGAUUAAAAUAUGAGACAUCAACAGCUGUGGAACUAGCCAUUCAGAAUUUCUUGAUGGGUUCUGGCGUUUCGAACGGAGGUGAAACGUGUGAUCCUCAAAAUUUGCCAUAG